UCAGUAUAAAAAUUUAAGAGCAGAAAAUCUUUAUGAGCCAAUUAAGAAACUCGUCGUUAGAAGUUAUAAGGAACAAAUAUGUAAAUAAAUUUAAUAAAGAGUGCACAUUAUUCCUCUAGAUGUCAAAUAUUGGAAUGUUUUUAUUGGUAACUGGAAAACGUUGUCAUGGCAAUUUGUUGUAUUGAUAUGUAAAUUCAGGCAAUACAUAGAAGGAUAAACUAAAAAUCAUAUGUUUUAAUAUUGGAAGGCAGUACUGAUACAAAAAUUAAAGCCGAUUAUUAUUAAAAAAAUAGAUUAUCUGAAACAAGGGAAUCGCCGAUCGAUCGUAUAUUUUAUAAUGACUGAAGAACUACAAAAGGCCGGACUUUAUAUUGACGAUAUCUAUCGGCUGCGUGUGCAGGAUCCAGCUAUUGCCAACGAAACGAAUGAAUUGCGUGACGAAUGUCUUGAAUAUGCUAACAAAUUGCAAGACUUUAAAAAAUAUGCAGAAGAUUUUCACAAACUCAUAAGUGAUUUUGCGAAAGAUGUCGAAAAGGAAAAAUUGAGAGCAAUUGGCACACAAAAUUUGCUGAAAACAAUAGCCAAAGAACGUCAAGCCGAACAGCAAGUUUAUCAGAGCAAAAUACACGAGAAAAACAUUGAAUUAGAAAGAUUACGUAAUGAAUAUCAGUACUUGCAGCGGGUCGAGUCCGAGCAGCAGGAGAUUAUAAAUAAUUAUUUAUUAAACCAAUAAGUUUUUUUAAAUUUUACUUGUAUUUACUAAAACUUAAUGCCUUAUAGAGCAGAAUUAUAUAUAUAUAUAUAGAAAUAUUAAAUAUUUUAACACAUUA